UUGUACAAUUGGCAAGGUAAAGAGUGUCAAGGAAAUAAAACUCAAGUUUAAUUCUAGGAAAACACACUGAGAUACUAUGAAUUAUGGUGUAGUGUUAUGGUUGUCCAUUAGUAUGACAUUGUACCAUGGUUUCCUAUCUAAAAGUGUCGCACUCGUUUUAAAGAUCACGCUAGUUUGGGGCGAGCAAGAACAUCAAUGGCCGCCUCUUUCUACCCACCGAUUUCACCUGGUCUACAAUCUCGAGCUCGGUUCGCACAGUCUUCUUUAAGCGGCCUGAGCAAUGUUCGUUUUGGUGUUAGAGCUCAAACCCCAGAUUUUCCUGGACGAGCUUCAUGUAAUGGAAAUGUUGAAUUUCACCAGGGUUUGACAUUGUCCAGAAAAUUUAAAGGUAAACCGACUCGUCGGCGGGUUUCCAUGAUGUGUGUAGCAACGCCACAAGUGCUUUACCGAAACCCAGAUGAAGGGACUUGGCAGUGGGUCGACUUGUGGAAUGCUCUUUACCGCGAUCGUAUUAUUUUUAUUGGUCAAGAGAUAGAUGAAGAGUUCAGCAACCAGCUAUUGGCCACAAUGCUUUAUCUUGAAAGCGUUGAUGAUUCGAGGAAACUAUAUUUGUACAUAAAUGGCCCUGGUGGUGAUCUUACACCGUGCUUGGCCAUAUAUGACACAAUGCAAUCUAUAAAAAACCCUGUUUGUACACACUGUGUGGGAUAUGCCUACCAUCUUUCUGGUUUUCUUCUUGCUGCUGGGGAGAAGGGUAAACGUUCUUCAAUGCCUCUUUCAAGAAUUGCUUUAUCGUCUCCAGGUGGUGCUGCUCGUGGGCAGGCUGCUGACAUACGCAAUGAAGCGGAUGAACUUCUCCGGAUUAGAGAUUACCUUUUUAAAGAGUUGGCUGAGAAGACAGGCCACCCUGUUGAAAAGACGUAUAUGACAUUUAGACGUCUAGAUAAGCCUGAACUCGUCCCACUUCGCAAAACCAAGGGUUCUUCGAGAACUCAUACCAGAAUAUCUGGUAUAUCAGUCCGGAAGUUCAGAGGUACUGCCCUUCUCGAGGGGCGAGGUGUCAACCAGAACUAAUGCAAACAUAAAAAAAAAUAUUGCAAUAUGAAGUUUGUAUUUAGAGUGUCUCUACUGACUAAAGUAAUGGAAGGCAACAAAAAAAUGGCAAGUCUUGUUGAACAAAUGAGAUAUUGUGUGGGGGUUCUAUUUCUGCUAUAAAAAUUCACCCAUCAUUUGACCCUUGCAAAGCAGAAUCAACUAUUUCUGGAAGAGAAUCAGCCCAAAGAUGAAGAAAAAAACAAAAGGCAAAUGACACCUACAACUCCUACAAGUGUUUAUACAAGAUUUUGAAUAGGGAGAGGUCAAUUUAUUGUUAUUACUCUUAUCGCUUGUUCCCUUCAAUUUAUUGUUAUUACUUUUAUCACUUGUUAUUUAUUUUUAUUAAAAUUUGAUCUGACCCGAUCAGAUUAGAUUAGGUAAAAAAUUAUUUUAGUUUUUUUUAUUAGAAUCAAAUCAGUUUGGUUUU